UGCUUGAUUGAGAGGAAUAAAGAUGUGAUAAGGAAGUAAAUAAGUAAAGAUGUGGGAGAAAGAAGUGGGUGGUGGGGUUCACCGAAAAUGAUGUUUUCUUAAUUUUAUCUUUGAAGUCGGAGAGAAGACGAGAGUUUUGAGAUAGUGAGUGAGACGAGAGUUUUGAGACAGUGAGUGAGUCGAGAGUUGCAGAGGAGGCCGGAAGUUUGGAGACUUGAUGAUCCAGUGAGGAAUUACUCUUUUUCAGUAUAGGGUUCUUUAUACCUUGAAUGACAUGAGGUACCGAAGAUAAACGGGGAUUGCUAGAUUCGGGAUUAGGUUGAAGAGUCGGCAUUGCAGGAUUUCAUUUUCUUUAUUUGGAGAAUUUUUAUGUAUAUUUGAGGAAAUUGAUUUUGUAUAAAAGAGGAUUUUUUUUUUUUUUUUUUAUCAUCCUGAGUGUAUUUUGAUGUAUUUGUACUUGAAUAAAUCAGGGAUUUUUUUAGGAAUUUUCGGAUCGUGACAAUGGUCAUAUGAGAUGUGGGUAAUACGUGCAUGGAAUCAUCGCGGAAGCAGCUAUAACAAGCAGCUAUAAGGCGGUAGUUAAUUCAUAACAGCUUGGAACAAGAAACAACUUACUUCACGGCCUUACUUUUUUCGGCAGAAUACUCAAAUCCUAAUGACCAAUUCGUACAAAAACUUAGCUGUAAUUCUUUCAACCCUCCAAUUCAUUCACAUCUGCCUAUUACUAUCUUGUUUUGCAAUAGACACCAUUUCUAGAACCCAACAAGUAUUGGAUGGUGAAACCUUAGUUUCAGAAGGGGGAGUCUUUGAGCUGGGCUUCUUUAGUCCUCCUAAUGCAUCGCAUGUAAGAUAUGUCGGUAUAUGGUACAGAAGAUUCCCACUCCCUGCUGAAAAUGUUGUAUGGGUUGCAAACGGUGAUAACCCAUUGACGGAUACCUCUGGAGUUUUAAUGAUCGGAAGGGAUGGGAAUUUGGUGCUCAUGGAUGGCAGAUUCAACACAGUUUGGUCCACAAACAUUAAAUCUGCUGCCUCAAAUGAUACAAUUGCGGUACUUGGUGGUUUGGGAAAUCUACUUGUUACUGAAAACAAAUCAAACGGAAGUGUGUUAUGGGAAAGCUUCCGUCAUCUAUCAGAUACUUUGUUACAGGGCAUGAAUCUGGGGUUGAACACUAAGACACAUGAAAAUUUAUUUUUAACAGCAUGGAAGAGUGACAAUGAUCCAUCACCUGGAAGUUUUGUUUUAGUUUUGGAGCCUCACCAACAGCCAGAAGGUGCCAUCUUAAACGGAACAAUCAAAUACUGGAGAAGUGGGCAGUGGAAUGGGAGGAAGUUCAUAGGAAUUCCAGGGAUGACCACAGACCCCGUGAAUGGCUAUACAAUUAACAAGAGUGUUGAAGCAGGAACAAUCUAUUUUAUGCAUUAUAUAUUCAAUGUGCCAUUCCCAUCAGUUCUGGUUUUGACUUCUGUAGGAGCUGUAAUUUAUAAGGACUGGAAUGAAAAGACUAGAGAAUGGCGUAGUCAAGUGAUGGCACCCAAUGGUCCCUGUGAUAUUUAUGCUACAUGUGGGUCGUUUGGGAUCUGCAAUAAUAUGAACUCCCCAAUAUGCAGGUGUUUCAGAGGGUAUGAACCAAACUCUCCAAAAGAAUGGCGUAGAGGAAAUUGGACAGGAGGGUGUAUACGACGAGUUAAGACACAGUGUGAGAGGAAUUCGAGCAUUGAUCAUCAUAACAAAUCUGACAUUUUUAUAAAGCUGACAGGAACAAAACUACCAGAACUCUCGGAUUACGUGCAACUCCGCGACAAUAUCUAUUGUGGUGAUUUUUGUUUAAAGAACUGCUCUUGUGUUGCAUAUGCAUAUGUAGAUGGAAUUGGGUGUAUGGUUUGGGGAGGACAUCUGAUUGAUGUUAGGGAGUUCUCUUAUGGUGGAGAGGAUUUAUACCUUCGACUUGCAUAUUCUGAACUAGGUGAAAAGAGACAACGAUUGAGGGGCUUUAUCAUUAUACUCAUAGUCAUUUCCACGAUAAUCGGUCUGGGUAUUUUGGCAUGCAUUUUAUGCAGGGUGAAGAGCGGAGGUGCAAGGAAAUGUCACUCCUUGAUCAUUCAGAAACUUUUUUCCAGUAGAAAAAGGAAUAUAUCAGCAAAUACUAAUAUUUAUCAAGAAGAAAGCUCAGAAAUAUUUCUCAACUUGGAAAAGAUAGCAGCUGCUACAGAUAACUUUUCUAUAGCAAAUAAACUUGGUGAAGGGGGAUUUGGUCCUGUUUACAAGGGUAAACUACCAAGUGGACAAGAACUUGCUGUCAAAAGACUUUCAAAGAGCUCAGGACAAGGCAUAGAAGAGUUCAAGAAUGAAGUUGUAUUAAUUUCCAAACUCCAACAUAGGAACCUUGUGAAGCUGGUUGGCUUUUGUAUAGAGGGAGAGGAGAAAAUGCUGGUUUAUGAGUUCAUGCCAAACAGUAGCUUGGACGCCUUCCUCUUUGGUUCAAGUAAAAAAGCAAUACUUAACUGGGAUCAAAGAUGUAACAUAAUUGAGGGGAUUGCUCGAGGGCUUCUUUAUCUUCAUCGUGAUUCUCGAUUAAGGGUCAUUCAUCGAGAUUUGAAGGCAAGCAAUGUUCUCCUUGAUGAGGACAUGAACCCCAAGAUUUCUGAUUUCGGCAUGGCCAGGAUUUUUAGGGGGAAUCAAACCCUAGCAAACACUAAUAGAGUUGUCGGAACUUACGGUUACAUGUCUCCUGAAUAUGCAAUGGGAGGAAUAUUUUCGGAAAAAUCUGAUGUCUUCAGCUUUGGGGUCUUAUUACUAGAGAUCGUUAGUAGUACAAGGAACAACAGUUUUUAUUACCAAGAGAACCAUCAGACCCUGUUGGGUUAUGCAUGGGACUUGUGGAAUAAGGGAAAAGUAUUAGAAUUGGUGGAUCCAGAGAUAGGCAACCCAAUUAGCAGUCCCUCGCAAGUAAGGAGAUGCAUUCAUGUUGGUCUACUAUGCGUUCAAGAACAUCGAAAUGAUAGGCCAUCCAUGGCUACAGUAGUGUUCAUGCUCUGCAAUGACACCACUCUUCCUACUCCAAAACAACCUGCAUUUAUCUUGGACUCAAAUUUGCCUUUGCCUGACAGCUCUGGAAGCUCCAGAAAUUACCUUUCUAUAACAAACUUUGAAGGGCGCUAAUUACCUUUUCUCCCUUUGAUAAUUGUAAAAAAAGUUUUGGAAGUCACUGCAUGUGGGUUUGCAUUGUGGAGUUCUGACAAAUUUUAAUGUGGAUUCAGCUGGUGAUUACAUUCAAAUUAUAUUUGGGAGCGUUGAUUCCAAACGCAACAUCAGAAUGAUGUUAUGGGGAAUCAAACUCAAGCAAACACCAAUAGAGUUGUCAGAACAUAAUAAGUUUGAUGUUUUAUUUACUAGAAAUACUUUACAAAGCCUGUUUAAAGUUUAACUAUUCUGGUCAGCUAUAUAAUUCUUAUUUAAUCAUUUUGUUUUGUUCUAUUAAAUCAUGGUCCAACAUUUCAUA